AGUCUCAAGUUAGCAGAGACCUCUUCAUUGGAGAGAAUAGGCUUCGUGAAAAUGCACUUUUUACUAUUUAGAGCAGACUCGUAUUGUAUAUUUCCGGGGAUGAUUGCGUCUAGAAAAAAAGGUAUUUUGUCUGUUGACCAAUCAAUCUAACGUGCGUGAAGCACGUGGUUUUAUCGCGCUCAACUUCCUUAUAUCAUCAACCUGAAUGUUUACUCUACACUAGACUAGAGCAUGUUGAGCAUUAACUGACAUCUGCGGAUAGAUUUACGUUUCUGACAAGCCUAAGUGAUCUAUCCCGUCCAGGGUGCAGGCUGUACAAUGAAAUCCUUUCAAUGGAUUCCCUGCACUUUCUGUCUGCUGCUCUAUACUGCUGAUGCCGGCAGUGGUACAAAACCUAAUUUUGUCUUUAUGAUGGUGGACGAUUUAGGAAUUGGAGACCUUGGAUGCUAUGGAAACACAACUCUCAGGACGCCCAACAUUGACAGACUGGCUCUGGAAGGGGUGAAACUGACCCAACACAUUGCUGCUGCGCCACUCUGCACUCCCAGCAGGGCAGCCUUUCUCACAGGCAGAUAUCCCAUCCGAUCAGGUAUGGCAGCACAUGGCCAUAUGGGAGUGUUUCUCUUUUCUGCAUCGUCAGGAGGUCUUCCACAAGAGGAAAUCACCUUUGCCAAGGCUGUCAAGGUGCAAGGUUAUUCCACCGCUGUAAUUGGGAAAUGGCACCUUGGUCUUAACUGUGAAGACAGUUCUGACCACUGCCACCAUCCAAACUCACAUGGCUUCGACUACUUCUAUGGUACCAUUAUGACGCACCUUCGGGACUGCCAGCCUGGACAUGGCUCUGUCUUGUAUAACGUUUAUAGUCACAUCCCAUUCAAGCCCCUUAGUAUCGGUUUAGUUUCCCUAGUAGUACUCCAUAUUAGAGGGAUGCUAACUGUGAGCAGGAGGGUAUUUUUCAGUUUUCUGAUCCUGGUAGGGCUGGUGCUGAGUCUCUUUCGUUUGUUAGUAUACACAUUCCCCAAUCUAAAUUGCUUUGUCAUGAGAGGAACGGAAAUUGUGGAACAACCAUAUAUCUCAGAAAACCUCACACAAAGGAUGACCAGUGAAGCCAUAGAGUUUCUGGAAAGGAAUUCAGAGACCCCAUUCUUGCUCUUCUUCUCAUUUAUUCAAGUCCACACAGGAGUUUUUGCCUCUCCUCUCUUCAGGGGAAGGAGCCAACAUGGCCUCUAUGGUGAUGCUGUCAUGGAAGUAGACUGGAGUGUAGGUCAGAUCAUGCAGACUCUGGAGCGCUUAAACUUGAAGGACAACACUCUAGUGUACAUGACCUCAGAUCAGGGGCCUCACCUGGAAGAGAUUUCAGUCCACGGAGAGAUGCAUGGGGGCUAUAGCGGCAUAUACAAAGCUGGCAAGUCAACUAACUGGGAAGGAGGAAUCCGAAUUCCGGGCAUUCUUAGUUGGCCAGGUGUCUUACCCGCCGGGAAUAUCAUCGAUGAGCCCACUAGUAACAUGGAUAUUUUCCCUACGGUCUUGAAUUUAGCUGGUGCUUCCAUACCCGAUGACAGAGUCAUCGAUGGUCAUGAUCUUUUGCCACUUCUGCAAGGGCAAGUGAAGCGUUCUGAACAUGAACUCUUGUUUCAUUACUGCAAUGCUGAACUGAAUGCUGUCAGAUGGCGCCCACCCAACAGUAGUGCAAUUUGGAAGGCCUUUUUCUUUACCCCUGACUUCUACCCAAAGAACAGCUCGGCAUGUUUCCACACUCAUGUCUGCUUCUGCAUCAAGCCAUUCGUCACGUUUCAUGAUCCUCCGCUGCUUUAUGACCUAUCCAAAGACCCAACAGAAAGCACCCCCCUGAGUCCCGACACCGAGCCUCAGUUCCACUCAGUUCUAGAGGUCAUAAGAGCCGCAGUAAGCCGUCAUACACAGAGCCUGAAACCUGUCCCAGUGCAGGUCUCUCCUCUGAAAAUAGUGUGGAAGCCUUGGCUCCAGCCCUGCUGUUCUUCUCUCAGUCAGCUGUGCAGGUGUGAACGAGAUCAUCAGAUAGAGAAGGUACAGGACGGGCUUCAAAAAGAAUAGUCUGCUGCUCAGAAUCAUAAGGGCAUGUAAUACGUAAAGGAAUAGUUCCCUCAAAGCUGAAAAAUUCUUUCAUCAUUUUCAAACCUUUCAAAUGUUGUUUUAAAACUUUUUCUUCUGUGGAACAUAAAAAAUAUAAAAAUACUAUGAAGAAUGUUAAUAAUAAUCUGAUGGUUUUGGUGAUCAUUGGCAUGUUCCAAGAAGAAAAACAAACAAACAAACAAUGCAUUGUAGGGCUGCACGAUUCUGGCUAAAAUGAGAAUCACAUUUUUUUUUUUUUUUACUUAAAAUCAAGUGCACACUAUUCCCACGAUUCUGUAGAUGAUAAAUAAAGGCUAAUUUGAGUAGGCUAUUAUUAUUGUUAUUCACAAAAAUAUGGUAAAACAACAAUAAUAAUAUUAGGCCUAUGUGUAAGUCUACUGUUGGUUAAAUUGCGAAAUUUUAAAUGAACUUUAAAUGGUGGACUUGAACAGAUUUUUAAUUUAUCGUGGUUUGUAUGCACAGUAAAGUGAUGGCAUCAGAAUACAACUAUUCAUAAUUAUUAAGUUCAAUUAUUUUGUUUGAGACAUAUG